AGUUAUUUGAAAAAAAACGUAUUAUUGCUUAAAAGUUGAGUCGUGUCCGUUAUUUAAUUGAAAAUGAAAACUGUCUGUGUUUUAAUGACGUUUAUAUUUGUAAAUGUUUUGGCUGAAAUUAAUAUGAACAAUUAUAAGCAGCAAGUUUUCUUGACAAAUAAACUCAUCCAGAAAGUGUACGAACAUAAUAAUGCAAAGGGAAAUGGAUUGGAAAAUGUUAUUAAGACAUUUGUUGGUAUUUGUACAUUGGGCCACUUAAAUUUGAUGUUCGCCAUACCGGACCGUUUACAAUACACUGGACAAAUGCAGAUAUCCUACAUCCUACAGGAAAAUUUGCUACAAACAAUACAUCAUACGUUCUCUUUUCCUGUACCCGAGCCACACCAAUUUCCUGAAAAUUUAAAUUUGGAAGAACUUGGAAAUGAGAGAAGAGAUUAUACCGGAAGAGCUUUGGAAAAUAUAUUUAGAAGUGGAUUGAAGUACAAUACUAUUUACGGUGCAGGCGCACGAGGUAUGGAAUUCAAAUUGAUCGACAUUUGUCAUUUUAUAGCAUUGUACAAAAAUGCAAAAUUUCUGUCAAUUGAUAAUUCAUUAGGACACAUAAAUACUGCCGAGGAUGACAUUUUUGGACGUUGCACGCUAACUUCUACACUGGAUAAUAGUACUACCUAUUACAAAAAGGUUGUUAACCAAAUCAUUGAAGUAUUUGAACAUGGUUCACCAAAAAAACCACUUUUGGAUUCUGCUUCUGAUUCCGCUUCUACUUCUUCUUCUUCGUAGUUAUCGGCCUUCAAGACCAUACCGGCAACUAAUUCCUAUACACUUAGCAUUGGUUUUUAUAAUAAACAAAUUAUAUAAAUUGUAUAGUAAUCUUAUGGUUAUUAUAUUUACAUUUUUUUUUCAUACCACAUAUUAAUAUACAAAACAGUUAAUUA